CAUCACGCCUGUGACAGCAUUUGUCAACAACAUUCAAGUCAAGACACUCCAAAAUGGCGGAUCGUGAAGAGGACCCAGAGAAUGAGGACACAUAUGAGGUGGUCGACCUGACACAAUAUGCUAGGCGUCAACAAUGGUGGGGCUGCCUAUUUGGUGGGAACAAUUCGGGUCCAAUGGCUGAGAAGUAUUCGGUGGCCACACAAAUAGCACUGGGUGGUGUGAGUGGCUGGUGUGCGGGAUAUCUUUUCCAGAAGGUGGGGAAGAUCGCAGCCACCGCUGUGGGUGGAGGAUUCCUGUUGUUACAGAUAGCCAACCACAGUGGCUAUGUGCAGGUGGACUGGAAGAGAGUGGAGAAGGAUGUCAACAAAGCCAAGAGGCACCUGAAGAAGAAAGCCGACAGGGCUGUACCAGAGCUCAACUCUUUUAUCGACCAGUCCACAGAGUUUGUGAAGACAAACAUUAUCGUCACCAGUGGAUUCUUUGGAGGCUUCUUGCUUGGGCUGGCAUCCUAAGAACACAACAGGGGCCUGCAGUUUUAUAUAAGAAUCACUUGAGAGGUCUGGCUGUGAAGUGAAAUGCCCUUUUAAAAAUGUGGUGGGAACAACAAGAACAGAUGCACAGCACAAUAUAUCAAAUUGAGCCAAUUACACAACACGCAAAAAAGGUAAUGUAGUUGUAAAUACUCUGUAAUGUGUACUUACUAUGCUGUUUCACAAUACCUACCUGUCUAUCUACCAUGUAAUUGCAUGGUUUUAGCACCACCUGAUAGAAACUGGAAUCAAGAUAUCCUGCUGCUCCACCAUAUAAACAAAACCGUGUUUCUAGCUAGGCUUUAGCCCCCAACUCAAGGCAAUUGGGUACAACCCAAAAGGAACUAGCCAGUGGGUCCUGUGGGAAACGCUGGUCUACAAAACAGUUAUUAAUGGGAUCCAGUGUUCCUGGCUCACUCUGAUUCAUAUAUUCAUCAUAUGAGAGAUAGAAACAUACUCACUUCCAAUGGCUUUGAGCUGCUGCUGGAGAUGGACGUAUGUACAUAUGUAAAAAGAAUAAGGAAGAUGCAAAACACUGCGAUUGAUGCUAUAUUUAUUCAGAUCGACUGUGUGGUCUUCAGCAGAACUUCAUGCAUGUGUACAGUAUAUGUACAGUGUACUGUUGCACUUGUUACACAUACACACCUAAUUGGGCUGCAAUGCGGGAACUUAUUAAUUACAUUUGGGUCUAGUUCUUUCAAGUGUUUUCUGGUCAAUAUAGUCCUACUCCGCAAGUAUACCCAAGUCAUGCAGUGUACCAUGUUUGCACAAUAUAUGCCCUUUUCAUUCAUUUGUAUGAGUUAAUACUUCAAUCACAUUAUAUUUAUUGAUUUAGGAUUACCAUGACUAUCUUUUGCCUUUACGAGCGGUGCAAUAUGUGCUUGGAGGUAAUUUAGCCUCCUUUGCGUUUUGUUAUUGAAUUACAAUGCUGUUGUAGUUUGUGUAUAUAUUCUUAAUAUAAAAUACCAAAUGCAACCAACAAUCAUGGCUUUCUUUAUUUCAAAUGAAAGAAUAGGCCUAUGUCUGUGUCAAGUUUAGCUUUAAAAAACAGAUUUUAAAAAACAUUGUAUCACAGCACUUCUACUAUUUCUAAAGAUCUAAUUUACCUGUACUGUAUAUAAGAAUAUGAAUGUAUAGUGUGUAAAUUCUAUUUUUGUUGUCUCUUGGUGUCUCCUAUAUAUAACUUAUUUUUUAUUUAGUGUAAUGUAUUUAAUUUAAAAUCUUAUAUUGUUCUUGUCUAUUACUGUUCUGUACUUUGUCAUGUAUUUGAGUGUUUUAUGUGGACUCCAGGAAGAGUGCAGUAGCUAAUAGGGAUCCCAAUAAACUAAACUUCCUUCAGUACUUUGAGUUUAGGGCGCAGAUCAUUUCCUGCCCUCCAAUUUGACUUAAAUGCUUGCUCAUUAAAGUAAUUUAUCUUUCAA